CGGACACACCACACAAUGUGACUCGCCAUCCGUGUGACUAAGAUCGCGAACAUGCUACAAAACUAACUUGGAAACUUACCGCCAAAAAAGAGGCACUAAAGCAAUAUCUUCAAUAAUCUCAGUAGAGUAGGUUUUUAGACAUUUUAGAUAUAUAUCGACGAAUUUAACAUCAUAGUUCCUGUGCUUUCGUCGAAAAUGCUUAAGAUUCGCCAGUCGUUGCUUCCAGUAGUACUGCUGACAACAAUAACAUUUUCUUCAAGUAACGUUCUUCCAAUAUUAUCUAUAAACAAACUCGAUUCAGAUUCCCUUUUGGAAGACCAAGAUAGUGACAAUACUUUAAAUAACAACAGACAUACCGAUAAUCCAAAUGUUUUUUAUAAAGUUUUUAUUGGAACAACUAAAGAUAAUUUACCGAAGAAAUCGCAAAUGGCUAGACUAAAGUAUUUGGACAAUGACAAUAAUCAGGAAAGAAAGAUUUUCAAUGGAGUAAUGGAUAAUGAAAUUAACUAUGAUGACGAAGGUUUUAGAAAAGAACAAUGGCACAACUACCCGAGACAGUUAGAUCGACUUAAUAAAAACUUAUUACUUGAUAAACAACUUCAAAAAGCUCUCAAUAAUGACGACUUGGAAAAAUUAAAAAGAACCGAUGAUUCCAGAAACCUGUAUCAUUCCAUAAGCGAUGAUAUUUAUGAUAACUUUGAUACAAACGUUAUUGCUGGCCCGCUAUUUAUCCUCAAGAUAAAAUUAGCGUACUUAACUGACAAUAUAAAAAAUGCACCUGUGAAUAAAUAUUUGUACACUGACUUUUUACCGUUAGAAUCGACAACAGGAACUGAUAAUGAUAAAACAAAAGAUGACGCGUUAUUUGAAAACGAUGACAAACCUGUGGUAAAAGUGAAGAGAAAGGAAAAACUAAACAGCGACGAUUUGUCAUUUUUAGAAAACUCAUCAAACGAAAAUAAAUCGGUAAAGAAGCGAAUAUUCUCUCUAUGGAGUCGUUUACAGAGCCUUUCGCAUAGAGGACACGAGCUCCAUCACCGGAGGCACUUGUACGCGUUCUAUGGCCUUCCAGAAGAUGGUGGCGGUGCCCUUACGGCUGAAACGAGAGCUACGUUAAUGAGACCACCCGGCUCGCCUUUAAGAUGGGGUUAAAAUAUGACAAUGAUAAAAAGGAUUUUUAAUGGAACUGCGAAAUUUUGCCUGAAAAGUAUCUAUCUACCGUUUUGUUAAAAGCAAAUACUAUAAAAAACAUUUUAUAAGGCAUAACAAAUAUUUUUACCUCUGUAACUAAUAGAGAAAUAGUUUAAAAUGUCCUUUAACACAUUUAUUUAUCGCAAUAAGAAUACAUCCUUUGAUUUUUGUUUGUAUAUUAUAUAUUUCACAAUUUUGAGUAGGCAUCAUUAAG